ACUGUUUUCUUCUCAAAUCUUAUGUUACUCUUUCAUCUUCUCUCUCAAUUCUCUCUGUUCCUAACUUCCUCCAUCAUCAUACAUUCAUACUUUAUUUCAUAGCUUAAUUUUAAAUAAAUUCCACAAUGGAAUUAAUGUUGGUAACACCACCAUGGCUGGAACAAUUAUUGUCAACAACAUUUUUCUCUUCUUGCAAAGCUCACAUCAAGGCACCAAGAAACGAAUGCAACAUGUAUUGCCUCAAUUGUAGAGAAUCAUUCUGUUAUUAUUGUAGACAAGCUUGGCAUAAUGAUCAUCAAGUAAUUCAAAUAAGGAGAUCGUCUUAUCAUGAUGUGGUGAGGGUAGCUGAGAUUGAGAAGAUAUUGGACAUUAGUGGAGUUCAAACAUAUGUGAUUAACAGUGCUAGAGUGAUUUUUCUUAAUGAGAGGCCACAAAAUCAGAUUAAGACAAGUAAUGUUGCUAUUAGUGGGAGUAAAACCAAUUCACAUUUGUGUGAAAUAUGCACAAGAUAUCUAUUGGACCCUUUUCGUUUCUGUUCUUUGGGUUGCAAGCUUGUAGAAAUAAAGAAAAAUGGGAAUGCAAGCUUUGUCUUAAACGCAAAGAAAGACGAAGAAAUAGGGAAAAUGCAUCAAGGAAGAUUGCUAUCAAAAGAAGAAGACGAAGAAAUAUUAUUAUCAAUGCGUGAAGGAAUCCAAAAACAAGUUUACAAAACCACGUUUUCUCCUUAUUCAUCUCAACAAGCUUGUUCAAAUUCAAGGAGAAGAAAAGGAAUACCUCAUAGGGCACCUUUAGGUCCUUAAUUAUUAAAUUAAAUAUAUUCAAAAAUAAUACUAAUAUUGAUACUGAACCAGAUUAGGUGGUCCAAUGAGCCGGAUACCGGUCGUGAAAACAAAAAAAAAUAUAGUAUAACUUUUUGAAUAUAUAUUAUGGUUUUAUGAUUGAUUAGUUACACAAGCUGGAUUUGUUCUCUUUAUCCAGCUCAUUUCUCACAAACUCCAUGUGGGUUUGAAUGUUGAUUUUAAUCUAAAAUUAUUUCUAAGCUGUCUUAAUGGGUAGCAUAUUAAUUUAAGCACUAAAAGAAGAAGAGAGCGUUUGUGUUACUUUUUAAGAUAGGCUGGCUUUGGUGUGCAUUGUGCAAUAAUUGCUUAGCUUUGCAUUUUCAUUUGUUAAUUGUUAAUUUAAUUAAUAUACGAUGAAACAUGUUAGGUGUAAUUGUUCCUUAUACACAUGAAAGGUUUUAUAUAAGGAAACCAUAUGGG